UUUUAAUUUUUCGUAAAAUAUUCCAAAGAUCUCUCUCCACCAUCCAAUCUCUCUCCUCUCUCUCUCUCUCUCUCUCUCUUCGCAGUCAGUUCUUUCUUCUCCAGGAGCUCUUCAUCUUCUUCAACAAGUAGAUUCCAACGCUACCACUCUCUCUCUAUCAUCUCAUAAUCGUUGUUGUUUGCAUACAGAACACAAUUACUCAUCCCUAAGCUAUAGUGAUGUUUGAUGAAACAAUAAACCAUUCUAGUGAAGAAAUUAAAGUUAGCUUUGGUUAUCAAUGCAACAAUAGAAAGUUAAGUGAUUCGCGUGACAUUCCUAAUGGAGAUAAGGGAACUACACUUCGAAGAACAAGCAGUUCUUUCUCCUGUCUCUCUGGCGCUGCCUUGAGUGCAAAUGCUACUCUGGCUAAUACAAAUAUUUGCCAUGGAUUCAUUGGAGCUGAAAUUCUUCCAUCUUUGGAUUCUCCAAUGUCAUUUAGAAGAAUUCCAUCUUCCCCUACACUUUCUAAGUUGGAUCAGUUGUCAUCUUCUCUUCACAGCAACGCGUCGUACCUAAGUUGCAGUCCAAGUGACCCGGCUGAUUGUGAUUCCUACUUAACAUCCAUGAGUGCUCCUUCUAGAAGUGAGGGUUUUCUAAAUGCUGUAGAGGUUGAAGUUGCAGGUGGUGCUGCUGGUGAAGACAGGGUUCAAGCAGUUUGUUCUGAAGAGAAUGGAUGGCUUUUUUGUGGAAUCUAUGAUGGUUUCAAUGGAAGAGAUGCAGCUGAUUAUCUUGCUGGUACGUUUUACGACACCAUAGGGUUCAACCUAAACAUAUUAGGCUCGGAACAGAAGCUUGAUGCUGUUGAAGCUUCCAAUUGUAUGGAUAUGGAAAACACAGCUGCAAAUAACUGUAAGAACGGGUCACUUACCCUUACACACAUUGUACUUGACAGUCUCCAACGUGCUCUUGGCCAGGCUGAAAAAGAUUUCUUGCAUAUGGUUGAGCAAGAAAUGGAAGACCGGCCUGACCUGGUAUCAAUUGGAUCGUGUGUACUCGUUGUGCUUCUCCAUGGUAAGAAUUUGUACACCCUCAAUUUGGGUGAUAGUCGUGCUGUGUUGGCAACUUAUGCUGAAGGAAUUGGUGGGAAAGGGAAAGUGACAAAGAACUUGAGAGCUAUACAGCUAACUGAAAGUCAUACAUUGGAUAAUGAAAUUGAGAGGAACCGUCUUCUACGAGAGCAUCCUGAUGAUCCCGCGACAGUAAUAGGUGGAAAAGUGAAAGGGAGAUUGAAAGUCACCAGGGCAUUCGGUGUAGGUUAUUUGAAGAAGAAAAUAUUGAAUGAUGCUUUGAUUGGAAUUCUCCGUAUUCGCAACCUUAUAAGCCCUCCAUACGUCUCCAACGAUCCUUGUUUGAGUGUACAUAGGAUCUCUUAUUCAGAUCAUUUCGUUAUCCUUGGAAGUGAUGGUUUAUUUGACUUCUUCAGCAAUGACGAAGUGGUGGAACUUGUGGACUUGUACAUUUCAGAAAACCCUUCAGGUGAUCCAGCAAAGUUCCUUUUGGAGAAGCUUGUAGAAAGAGCAGCUAAUUCUGCAGGGUUCAGUGCAGAAGAAUUGUUGAGUAUACCCGCUGGUUGUAGAAGGAAGUAUCACGAUGAUGUAACAGUAAUUGUGAUCGUUUUGGGGCAACAGAAACGCACAUCAAAGGCAUCGACAUGCCUGUAAGUUCUUUCCAUCAUCAGAUUACUGAGAUUUGUUUUUUUUACAUGUUGUGUGUGUAUAUAUAUCAUAUCUAUAUGUGUCUUUGCUUGUAUUGCCAAUCUUAAUCGUUAUGAAGUCUUUAUAGUAAGUACUCUUUCUUGUUAUCAAUUUUGAAAGCAAUAUAAGUUGCUCAACAUUUUGUUCUGUGGA